CAUUAACCUUCGGCACAUGAGCGGGAGGCCAAGAUCAGGGAACAAGGCUAGGAAGAGCAGAAUUGCAACUUGGAGAUUUCACAUUUUCACUUCGGUUCGGUAAUAAACGUCGCAAGCAGUGUCCCGAGUCCAUUUGCGCCCAUAGGAAAAGCAUUUUGCCACGACUGUGACCAUUACUAGCAGUCCAGAUGGGCCAUUAGAUGGGCCUCAGGUCCACAACCCACGAAGAAUGGCACUACCAUCACGGGCUGGAUGGAUUAAGGUGAGUGACCUUCCAAAAUUUAGUAACGGGCGGCCUGCCCGCCCUAUCGUCUUCUCCAAAGAAGCGUCGGCCAGCGGUUAAAAAAAAAGAGUAUGGAGUGUCGGCCAGCUAGGGUUCCGGCCACGCUCCCCCUCUCGUCUCGUGGAGGUGGCAGAUCGCAUGGCCGGCGGCGAGGAGACGAGGGGCUUCGGGGGCGGCCGGGCGGAGAUGGAUCCGGAGCCCUCGCGUUCAACUCAGAGAAGUUCUCGGACAAGAUGCUGCGGAUAGAGGUCGUCACCGGCGACGGCGACGGCGGUGGAGGAUCGAGUGCCUCCCCCGCACCGUUUGAUGCAUGAAUGGAUUUAGCUGCUGCUGGUACUGAUCGUAUGUAAUAUUCUCUAUAUGGUUAGUUGGUACUUUGAUGCGUUUUCGGUCAAAUUUAUUUGUGGCGGGUUUGCCAUGCUUGGUGGAAAUGCAAGUUAUCUAGCAUUGAAAAUUGGUUCCUGAAAAAAAAAGUUGUGCUACCUUAAUCAGUCUCAAACUUAUUGAGGCAAAGUAGUUAACAGAGUAUACACUGGCCAUACGUCAAAUCUUCCUGUUGUUAUCUAUCUGAAUGUAACAAGUACCAAAUAGGAAUGUACUGUAACCACUAACAUUUGAUUUCUUUCCUUUUUAUUGAGAGGAAAGCAGUAAGCUGUAUACCAUAACAUUUGAGGCCAACUCCCCAUUACAAUCUCCGCGAUAAACUGCAGAAUUCACACUCGGAGUACAUCGGCAUAUCUGCUUCACACGGCAACCCAAUAUAUGCUAAGCUAUGUGCAGCACCGUUUUAACUCCCUAUCACAUCGAGAUGCAUUAAACUCAUAGAAGUUCUACUUGAACUGAAACAUUGGCUGUUCAAAUGCUUGCUGCUUCACACCUCGAACUGUUCCUGGUCUUCUCGUUCACUGUCUUGCAUAGCAAGUUGGAAUCAGUUUCAAUGGUCAGCUUGUGAAUCCCAACGUAGGUUGCCAUUUCAAUUGCCUCUUCCACACCUGCAAGCUCUGCAGCAAAGGCCUCACUGAUAUUAUCAACAUGUCCAGCACCGGCAAUAAGGACAUCUCCAUCCUUGUUUCUGAUCACUGCACCUCAUUCUCCAUAUCUAUUUCCCAAUGAAAACAAACAUAUACAUUUUUUUAGCGGGAAGAGCAUAUACUACAUUAUUUUUAGCAGAAGAACUUAUACAUUAUUGUCGAUACUAUUGACUUAAUUGUUGUGUACUAGUCUACUAGGAACGAUGAAUAGACGCCGCUUCAUUUUCUAAAAAUGACGAUUUUAUGAGAGAAUAUGAUCCUUUGUAUAUUUGGAAAAGAGGUGCGGAGUAAGGGGCUCUCUAGAACUCUCUGGUGUCCACAACCAUGUUUCAUUUAAGGUCAACACUAGUCUGCCAUUUUCUAUGUCUGUCUCUAUUUUUUGUGUGUGGAGUGUUGACACAUUUAAGGUUAUCAUUAGCCUGCGUAUAAUUGUUACGCUUGAGUAGUGCAAGUACAUGUUGUAUGCAGGUAAAUUUGCUACCACAAUAUGAUGAUCAAAGGUAGCCCUUGGUUGCACUUUUCUCAGUUUGCAACGUACUGGUUACAUGCCAUUGCUGGCAAGAUGGACCAAGUCUUAAUUGGUUAUAACCGCCCGGGGUUUCCUUGUUAGCUACUCCCUCCGUUCCAUAAUUUGAACUAACAGCACGGCAAAGAUUAUGGAACGGAGGUAGUACUUGACUUGCUUCGGCUGCUACUAGAUGCUCCAAUGUAUGGAAUAUAGUAAUAUAUUAGAUAACGGUAUACAACUUUGUGUGCUCGUUUUGCUUGAAUAUCAUUUGUAGGACACUGGAGUAACCUUGAUCACCGUACCGAGUGAGCUACACGCUUGCUUAGAUAGUUGGAUCCAGCAAAUGUUCAUUUUCCAUGAUGUUACCAUUUUUGCCUUGUUUAUGAAGACUGAUUAAAUGAAUCUGCACCCAUAGUAGAGCCGAGUGUUCAAAGUAUUUUAACAGUUCAACCUGUCUAGUGAUUCUGUUCCGUACCUUUUACACUUUUACUUCUUUUAUCUAUUUCUCCUUUAUUUCUCUUGUUCCGGUAUUUUGCAGUAGAUGAAGGAAAAAUUACCGACUCUUCCUCGAACAUGGUAGAUACAGCAGUUUUAAGAUUAACGAUGAUUAUAUCAAUUCAGCGAUUCUUGCUGCAAGAAGUCCGUUAUUAAAUACAUUUUGUUCAGUAUUCACUAUUUUAUUCAUUCUUUCUAAUAAGCUUCAUGCUUCUUAGCUUUUCUCAAAUGGCAUGGAAGAAUCUGAUCAGAAACAUCCAACACUUCGGAUUGCUGAUUCAGGUUCUAUCAUGAACUGAUGAACUUCCCUCUUGUUGGGAUUGAGGCCAUCUUCAGUGUUGUUGGCUUGGCACAGCAUGGAUCAUGUCUUUUCUCAUCAUCACAAAAAAGAAAAGAAAAAGUGUUGGCCUAAUUUUAACAGAAGACCAAUGGCACUUCAAAAAAAUAAACAAACAGUCUAGUCAUUGCAUCCCUGUUGGAUUUGAAAGCUCCCACUAGAAAUUGUAAUUGAGUACUUGUUCACAACAUGGUCAUUUAUUAUUUGAGAAAUGAGUGGCAUGGUCUAAAUUGGGUAACUUAGGGCUUGCCUUUCACCGCUCUUGAUAAAACAAAGUCUGAAUCAAUUGGCAACGGAUUGAUCUAUGAUUUCCAUUCAAUAGGACCUCAGGAUCGCCAGUGUUGAAUGCGUGCACAUCUUGCAAGUCGAGGACCGGGGUCACCUAACUUGCGGGUCACCGACAAAUGGGCCUAUCCUGCACACGUGAGAACUGGGUUCCCCUGAAUAAUUGUGAAUGAAUUUUACUUUCCGGUUUCCAUUUUUUCCAUUUGUUGCCUUUUGUGCAAAGAUGGAAGAUGUGCCUAUACCUUGGCUAGUACUCCACUUCCCAGGGCCGGAAAAGCUCACGGGUCUUUCAAGAUUUUCCAGGGCCACUUUUCCCCAAUCCAGCUAGCUAGGGUUUACGGUCACGGUCUGCUUCCUCUUCCGGAGAUGGCGGAGCGCAUGGCCGCCGACGGGGAGUCGUCUGUGGCGGCAGCAGCUGAGGCGGAGAUGAAGAUGGAGUGCUUCGAUUUCGCGUUCAACUCAGAGAGAUUCUCUGACAGGCUGCUGCGGAUAGAGGUUGUCGCCAGUGACGACAUCGCUGAAGGGUUCCUCCCCGACUGCACGCGCCACCGCAAGGACAAAGGUGAUAAAAGACAGCGUAUUGCCUCUUCCCCAACCAUGGCAGAUACACCAGUUUUACGAGUAAAGACCCUUCAUAUCAAUUCUGCGAUACUUGCUGCAAGAAGUUCUUUCUUUCUAAAGCUUUUCUCAAAUGGCAUGAAAGAAUCUGAUCAGACGCAAACAACAAUUAGGAUAUCUGAUUCAGAGGAAAAUGCUUUCAUGGAGCUUUUAAGCUUUAUGUACAGCGGAAAGUUGAUGACAACUGAGCCCAGUCUUCUGCUCGACAUCUUGAUGUCUGCUGACAAAUUUGAGGUUCCUUCUUGCAUGAGGCAUUGCAGUCAGUUGCUCAUAAGCUUGCCAAUGACCACAGAAUCUGCACUGCUCUACCUAGAGCAUCGAUGCUCCAUUUCAAUGACAGCUGAAGUUCAGCUUGUGAUAGGUGCUGCCAAGCAAUUCCUUGCCAAUAAAUUCAGGGAUUUCGAUGAGUUCUAUGAUGAAGCGAUGAAAAUCCCUCUUGCUGGGAUCGAAGUCAUCUUUUCAAAUAAUGACCUCCAUGUGCACAGCGAAGAUGACGUAUAUAACUUCUUGCUCAGGUGGGCCCGUGCACAAUACCCAGAAUCGGAAGAGAGACGCAAGAUCUUGAGUUCCCGUUUACUUCCGCUUGUGCGCUUUAGCCAUAUGCCUGGUCUGGCGCUGCAAGAGAUCCUUAUGUGCACUGAUACUGACAUCGACCAUGAUCAAAUAACUAAGCUGGUUACUGAGGUACUUCUACAGAAAGGUUACCCAGCACAGCUGGAAGGUGCUCUUGGCGCACCCGCAAUGGUUGCAGAGCGAGCUUAUGCGUCCAAACCCAUGAAAAUGGUUGCGUUUGAUCAACCCUGCCGACAGGUUAUAGUUUACUGGGAUCUAACGUUUCAGGAGUGCUCCCGACUCUUCCCGUCAGGAGAAAUAUACUCGCACAGGUUCUACCUUGCAGGGCAGGAAUUCUGUCUCGUGGCAGCGUGUGAAAGUGAUGAGGAGAAUGAGUCACACGGCUUUUGCAUCUAUUUAGGGAUCUCCAACAAGCCGGAAGGCUCCCCGGACAUGACAGUAGACUUUGAGUUUUCUGCAAGCAAAAGAUCACCAAGGAAAUUUGACGACGGCUCAUGCAGUCAGCACACCUUUACUGACGAUCCAGAGUGUGCAUUCAAGGGUCUCUUUUGUACUCCAUGGUUGGCGUUCAUUGCUGAUGACAGCCUCUUCAUCGACGGGGUGCUGCAUAUGAGAUCUGAUUUAGCGGUGGUGGAGCAACCACAGUUACAGACUUGAUGAUCACUCAGCAAAGUUAGUUUCUGUGUGCAGCAUCAGUCGCUUUGAUGGGAUCGCAAUUGUAAUCUGGGAUAUGUUUUAGUGUUGGCUCAGCCGGGUUCUGUGUUAGAUGUAUUAUCAUGUGCAAGUUGGUACUCCCUCCGUUGCUGAAAACUUGGCUGUCUGAAACGUUUUUCCCAGCCUAACGCAUUGGUUGCAUAAAAUCUCCGAUCCAUAAUAACUGUUGCUGAUUUA